AUGCAAAGACGCGACUCGGCUAGGCAAGCCAUUGGGUGUGCCUGGCAGACCGCCCGCCUGGACGUCUUGAUAUGCCCAGUGUAUCCGACUCCUGCUCCACAUGUGGAUGAGGUCAGAAACGCAGCGCAGACGACGAUCUCAACGCGAAUCUUCAACAUCCUUGAUAUGCCUGCCGGUGUUGUCACCGUGACAUCAGUCCAAGAGACCGAUUUGACGGAGCCUUAUGAGACGGGCAUUGAGAAUCCACGCAUCAACAGAAUGGUCACCCGGGCUGCAGAAGAUUCGCUCGGACUUCCAGUGGCCCUGCAGCUCGUAGCGCUACCUUGGAGGGAAGAGCUUUGCCUUCGCGUGAUGACAGAGCUGGAACGAGCUCUACCGCCACCAGGUCCUCACCACACGCUUGCGCCAGAGCCCAGGCGGAGCCCGACGCUCGGAGCCGCACCGGUGCCAGUGCCACAAGCAAGGCUUUGA